CACUCUUUUGGUUUUAUCUGUCUUGGAUUGAAUUGAAUUGAAUUGGAUGUCAAACUCCAAUAAUGUCUUUCAUGAAUCAUUUCUGCAACCUUUCUCAUCAUCUCUUCUUUCAACUCUAUCCAAGAAGAUAUGUCAUCUCUGCAUCGUUUGCUAACCGAUGAAGGUUUCGAGAGAGGAAAUUCACAUACCAAGAAAACCAAACAGGUCAGGUUUAAGGACAGAACGGAAAACGACUCCAUAGUUCUUCCUAUUCACAUCUGUCAUAGCAGGAGAAGCUUUGAUAAUACAUCAAGGCCUAAAGUCAGGAAUGUCAAAGGAUCUUCGGUUUCUGUUACUAAUUCAUCGAAGAGACCACCGGGUUCUGACUCGGGGAAAUCGAAAAACUCGCUAUCUUGUUCCAGGAUGGACGAGCCUUCCAUGGAUGAAGUCGCGACUAGAGCUGUGAUUUCUAUUCUUAGCGGUUAUGCAGGUAAAUUCUCCAAGGAUUCGUGUUUUCGUGAAACGGUUAGGGAGAAAUGUUAUUACCUCUGCUUCGCUAGAAAUGGAAUCAGUACUGAUUCGAAUAACGGAGGAAUUCUCACCAGUUUGGAAUUGGGAAUGAAGAGCGCAGAGAAGUUGCUUAUUUGUCCGCAGGGGAUGUGGACCGAUACGUUCACCAAUUCGAUUCGGCUCUUAACCGUCGUCGUCGCUUCUUUGAAUUCCAGCGCCAAAGGCUCCUCCUCCUCCUCCACACGCGGAACGCCCAAUUCUCAUCUAUCGGCUUGCGCGCAGCUCUACUUGUCGAUCGUCUACAAGAUGGAGAAGAAUGAUGUCAUGUCUGCUAAGCAUCUCCUUCAAGUUUUCUGCGACGAUCCGUUUCUAGCUCGUACACACUUGCUACCUGAGCUGUGGGAGCAUUUCUUCCUUCCGCAUCUUCUCCAUCUCAAGAUUUGGUAUGGAAACGAAGUGGAAUCCUUGUCUGGUUUGUAUAACGAUAAGGAUAAGACAAUGAAAAGCUUGAAGAAGCUCUACAAUGGGCAAAUGGACAAGGGGACCACUCUGUUUGCCCUGUACUAUAAGGAAUGGCUCAGUGUUGGUCCUCAGAGAGCGCCGCCUGCACCUUCUGUUCCAUUGCCGUCUAAACGAAGUUAUGUUUCAUCAAGAAGAGGGUCUUUGGAUUCUUCUGCAACUCAUUCCUCUAUCAGUAAAUCAUUAUACCAAACUGUUUUUGGACACAAUCUGGACCCUCCUUCCUUGGAGUUUGAUGAGAUGAAUAGAAGAGCUAUGAAUGAAUGGGAUUUAGAAACAGAAAAGAAAGCUAGUGAGAAUCAUAGGACUCCAAAUCAUAGAAGACAUUCCAAAUCUGAAUUAAAGGCCGAGACUCGAAAAACAGAACACCAUACCAGGCUGUUUCCCUGCCAAAGCGUGCCUGCAGAAACCGCCAGUUCUUCUUCAUCGACGAGAAGAACCAGAAAUACCCAUCUGAUUCCAGGGGAUGUUGCCAAUGCAAUUUCCACCAUUUGUUCAUCGAAUAACCUGAGUGAAUGCGAGAUUAGUAUAAGAUUGAUCAUAAAAGCUUGGUUGAACAACAACCUUAAAGGCAAUUCCACUUUAGAAAAUGCAAUUUCUAAAGUACCUGUCAUAGAAGGCAUGUUAGAAGUGUUGUUUUCUUCAAGUUGUGAUGAAGUACUAGAACUAACAGUCUCGUUGCUGGCGGAGCUUAUAACGAGAAACGAAGCGAUUAGAGUUAUCAUAUUGAAUUCCGAUCCACAGCUUGAGAUCUUCUCAAGGUUGUUGAGGAGCACUAGUUUAUUCCUAAAGGCUGCAGUUUUGUUGUGUCUGGUUAAGCCAAAUGCAAAACAGAUGAUAUCGGCUGAAUGGGUCCCAUUGGUUCUUCGCGUUUUGGAAUUUGGAGAUCAAUCCCAGACGUUGUUUAGUGUUAAGAGCAGUCCUCAAGAGGCUGCUUAUUACUUCUUGGAUCAACUUCUUACGGGUUUUGAUGAAGACAAGAAUUUAGAGAAUGCCAGACAAAUUGUUUCUAUUGGAGGGCUGAAUUUAUUGGUCAAGAGAGUCGAUCUCGGUGAUAUUAAUGAGAAGAACCGAGCAGCUUCGGUUAUACUUUGUUGUAUACGAGCCGAUGGAAGCUGUCGACACUUUUUAGCGAAGAACUUGAAUAAGGGUUCUGUUCUUCAACUUCUUCUUCUUGGAAAUCAGAUUUUUCAAUGUCAUGCUCUUACUCUAUUGACUGAGUUACUUUGCCUUAAUAGGACGAGCGAGAAAGCAAAUUUCUUACAUGGAUUGCUAGGCGGGUGUUGCAAUUUAAACACCAUGCACAUCUUCUUCAUCUAUCUCCGGAAAGCUCGUAUUGAAGAGCGACCCAUCGUUGCUUCCUUGAUGUUGCAAUUGGACCUUCUGGGAGAUCCUGUGCAGUGCAGCGUUUACAGGAAAGAAGCGGUUGAUGCGCUGGUAGAAGGUUUGGAUUGUCGGGUUUGUAACGAGAAAGUGCAAGAACAAUCUGCUAGAGCAUUAUCAUUGUUAGAAGGACAUUUUACUUAUGCUGGAGAAGCAAAUGCAGAACAUUGGCUUUUGAGACAAGCAGGAUUUGAUUAUGAUUCUGUAGACUCGUCUCACAGGAAAGACUAUUUCAUUGCAGAUAUGUUGCAUACGAAUGAAGAGGAUGGAGCUUUACAGAAAUGGCAGAGAGAAGCAGCAACGGCAUUGAUAAACUGCGGGAGCAAUAGAUUAUUGGCUGCACUUUGUGAUUCUGUAAGUAAUGGAAUCCCAUGUUUAGCUAGAGCGAGCAUGGUGACGAUUUCAUGGAUGAGCGGUUUUGUUCACUGGAUAAGUAGUAGAGAUGUUAAGGCAGCGUGGUGUUUGACGUUGAUCCCUCGGUUGGCACAAUCUUUGAAUCGCGAUAAGGCUAUCGAGGAAAGGGUUCUUGCAUGUUUGUCGUUAGUUUCGGUGAUGAAGAUUGCAGAUUGUGGGGAUAUGAUGUUUCCAAUGAGUAAAGAAGAUGUAAUGGAGAGUUUAGGCGAGCUUUUGCCAUUGACAUGGACAGCUAAAGAGCUCAUUUCCAUGGUCACACAAAGAUGAUGAUCAUCAUAAAUAGGUUUCUUACUUUCUUCUUCUUCAUUAAUAUAUUACUUCCUUUCUUUCGACUGCCAUUUUGUAUGCAGUCUUGCUGUGAAUGAGCAAUUCAAUAAUGUAACCCAAAAAUAUUACUUUUUACUUUAUAUUUGUUUGCCAUUUUGGUCUUUUA